AUGGAUAAUUAUGAAUAAGUUUUAUUUCUUAAUCCUACUCAAUUAUAGUCUGUUCAAACUUAAUUCGAAAACAUUAAUAAAUAAGUCAUUUAGCUAUUUCAAAAAGUAUAAAAAAGCAUCAUUAAUAGAAAAAAUAUAAAAAACUUUAUUCGUUAUUAUCCAAAUUUUUAGAUCGUUAUGAUCAUACCAAUUAGAUUCAUUUAAAUGAUAGAAUUCAUUUUUUAAAUAUUUUAUUAAUGUCUUUAAAUAAAAUAUUUAAGAAAACCAUAUUCAAAGAUAUGACAAAAAAAAACUUGAUAGACAUUAAAAUUUGGAAAUAGAAAAUACUUAAAUAUCUUGAAACCUAUCCCAUUCUCAUAUUAAAAAUUACUUAAAACUUUGAAUUAGCUUCUAUAGAUCCUAAAUAAAGAAUUAGAGAACAAUUAAGAAAUUCCAUCUUUAAAGAUUAAUUAGAAUAAUAAAUUUAAAUUAUCAAUACUAGUGGAAAACUAAAGUUAGAUUAAAUAACAAUUAAUUUUAAUCUAAAUUAAGAAUAUGAGAUAUAUUUAAAGAAUAUAAUGAUUGCUUAUAGAUUAUAAAGUUAUUAAAUAGAUGCUAAACCAAAUGAGAAACUUAGAUAUGCAAUUACAUCUUAUGAAAUUAGUAAAAUAUUACUUUAAGGUAAAGGCAAAAGAGUUUCUAAAUUAUGUUAAUAUAUUUUAUCAUCUACAAAUUUAUUAAAUAGAUAUUUCGAAUCAAACAAUGAUUAAUGUUUUUAAAUUAUUGAAGAAUUAAAUCAUUCUGAUGUUAUUAAAUAUUUGAUCUUUUUAGUAUAAUAGAUGGAGGUUUAUAAUGAUUUUAAAAGUAAAUUAAAAUGCAAAUGGAAAUUUGGCAAAAUAUUGAAACCUUUUAUUUGGUUUUGGAUCCAAACAAUAUAUUAUUAUUAAUCAAUAUUUAAAUUUUAAAGAUGUUACGAUAUAAUAGGAGUACUAAAAUGGUUAAGUUCCCAUUAUUUAAUUUCAACUGAUGAAUUGUCUACAUAUGUAUAAAAUAUUUAUACAAUCACCAAUGGUAAAAAUAAAGAAUAUAUUACAUUCAAUCAAUUAUUAGAGUAAAUUUACUUAAAUGAAGAUAUAGGAAUACCUAGAAUUAAAACUUUAUAUCAAUAAAAUGAUACAGAACAUUAAGAGCUUUAAAAUUAUAAAUAGACUAUUAAUUAUUAUUAUAAUUAAAACAAUAAAGAUACUAUCUCAUCACCAGAGUAUUUUUAUUGUAAAAAAAAUGCAUAAAUUAAAGUAGCUCAUAAUUCUGAGCUUGCUUUUAUUGAACUUAAUAAUAAUGAGAAUUUUAGUUCAAUUGAUACUAGAAUAUCUAGUAAUACAUUAAGAUUCCAAAAAAAAGAAAAUAUAUCAAUUCAUGGAUCAAAAUCAUUUAAAGGAUCUUUAUCUUAAAUCUCUAAUAGUUUUUCUGAUAAAAAAAUAUAAAAUCAAUUAUAAAAUGUUUAAUAAUUUCCUUAAACAAAUGUUUAGCCUACUACUUAAUUUUUAGAUAAAAUGAUUAAGAAAAUGAUAGAAAAUAAAAUUGCAAUUGAUGAUAUCUAGUAAAUUAUCUCAUUUAUUUAUUUUAUAGAUGUAAGGAUAUGUAAUUGUAAUAAUUGUUGAGCAAAGAGAAAUUAUAAUAGAAGGAAAGUGAUUUUUACAAAAAGCUUUUAAGAUUUAAAACUUAAUUUUCUAAAUUUGUAUUGCCUGUUAAAUAAAUAUCCAAAUAAGAAGUAAUAACUAAAUAAGAUUUAUAAAUGAGAGUUAUUAACAAAUAAAUGUAUGUUGAUUCAUUAAAUACUAAACCUAAUCAAAUUAUGACUAAAUAAAAUGAUCUUGAUAAUUCAUUAUUAUCUUUCGAAAAGCCAGGAGCAAAAUUAGGACCUCUAUAAAAUCUAAAAAAAAUUAUUUUCAAUCAUCCAGAAGUAUUUUCUCUCUAAAAGUUUAGAAAUAAAUUAAAAUAAUCAAAAAAAAAAUGGUAUAAUAGAUCAAAUAGUGUUAGAAUGACAAAUGCAAGUAUAAUUAUCUUAUUAUUUUAGGAAGGUCUGUAAUGAUUAUUAAGACAAAAGAAUAACAUAUUUAAGAAUUAAAUUCCUUAAGAGAAAGAUCUAUAUCUUAAUUAAAAAAGAAUAUAAGUGAAACAUAACUUGUAAUCUAAAAUGUUGAUAAAGAAUUGAGAUGUAAAAGUGUUAGAUAUAGAUAAUUUCGAUAAAAAACUGAAUAACCUUUUUAAAUUGAAAAUAAAUAUUAAAAUCUAAGCAAAUCAAUAACUAAAUAAGAAUAAACGAAAAAAAUAAUUUGA